ACAGAAAAAUAACCUGAACUUUCACGAAUCCCUUUUUUCCACCUCUCUCGCCCUUCAGAAAUCACAGAGAAAAUCACCAACGAAGCAAUGCACAGAUUCCUGAAGUACGUUUUCAGACUUCUCACCCUGGCGACAUUGUUGUAUCUAUGUCGCGUUGGCAAGUUCCUGGAUCUUUACGUUGAUGCGAAUAACCGUUCUUUGUUAGCGGCUGGAGAGAGAAAUCAGGGUGAGCUGCCUGGAAGGGUUUUUCAUCAAGGACAACUUUAUGCUUUGAGGAAAAUCCAGUUGAGCACCAAAGAGAGGCAGAAUCGCCCAGGACUCCGCAUGUUAUCGCGCCUGUAUGCUCACCGUCCGGCAGUCGAGGCCAAGUACUCCUCGACUGCGCCCGACCUGAUGCCUUUUGUCGAGACGCUGAAGCAAGAUUUAACUGUGAAAGGAGUGACUAAGGAUCCCUGGGCUUUGGCAAGGGAGUGGGCCAGUUCCAAGUCCCUGGUGCCCAAAUCGGCUCCUGGCUUGGGAGACAUCUUGGCUGCCAUGACCACCGCCCCGAUCACAGCCGCAGACAUCUGUAACGCAGGAACGCAGGUCAAGAUUUUGCUGAAGCUUCAAGGCGACCAGAAAGUUCUGUUUAAACCAAUAAGCUAUCCUCCCACAAAAGUCCUCUUCGGCAAGAACAGGGGAUCGGAUCGACACUACGGGGAAAUCGCUGCUUUUUACCUUGGGAGAUUACUGGGUCUUGAGACGUUACCUGCUGUCGUAGGUCGCAAGAUCCUCCUGACAGAGGAGGUCAUUCCUGUGUCAUCGCCAAAACUUGCGGAAACGUUUUACACCAAUGAACAGAACAAGACUUGCCUUCAUGCCAGGUGUCGUCGUUGCAAGUCUGGGAGGAUUAGCUGUUCCAGAGAGGGUGACUUGAUGGAAGGCGCUGUUAUCAUGUGGCUGCCUGAGCAUUUGCGUGUCUCGGAGAAGAGCUAUGUAUGGCAACAUUAUUACAAGAGGAAGGAGCUUCUGCAAUGGGAAACAGAUGAAAAUUUCUGCAAAGUGGUCUUACACAGCGAUCAAGGGAAAAUAAUCCUGGAUUUAAUCGACAUGUCCGUCCUCGACUUCCUGAUACAGAACGCCGACAGACACCAUUACCUACAGGAUACUAGGGAUCCCAAUGCGUCCAUAAUACUGGUCGACCAAGGCAAAAGUUUUGGGAAUCCAUAUGUUGAUUAUAUGGAUAUCUUGGCUUCGCUGUUACAAUGCUGCAGGAUCCGGGCGGCGACGCGCGCGCGGCUGGUCCUGCUGAGCGGCGGCGGGCUGUCCCGGGCCCUGAGGGAGCUCCUGGGCCUCGACCCGCUCGCCCCCGUGCUCGCCGACGCCCACCUCCGCGCCCUGGACCGCCGCCUCGCGCACGUCCUCGCCGCCCUCAGCGCCUGCAGCGAGAAGAAGGGUGGAUGGCACAACGUGCUUUUCUGAAUCUCUCUCUCUCUCUCUCUACCACGUUACCAAGGCACUGCAAGAACAGAUUGAUCGCGAUGAGUGUGAAAAUCCUUUUCCUUACCAUUUUCAUUUCUCUGGCAACUUCACAUGCUUCAUAUUCUUCUCUAUUUAUAAUUCCUAUUUGAUUUUUACUGUUAUUAUCACAAAAUACUAAGAUAUUUACAUUCACUCGACGAAACCAACUUUCAAUAAAAAAGUAAAUAUAAGUAAAAAAAUAAACGAGAUAUUCUUA